AUGCGUAACUUCAAUAAUCUUCUUCUCGCGGGCGCCGCUCUGUGGAGCUCUGCAUCCGCCUCUUCCCUUGACGUUUCCGAUAUCAGGAAACUCGACUUGCACCACGAUAACCUCAAUAACAACACUCGUCUCGACUGCUACCGCGAGCAAGAGUGCAAGGACAUUCGCACAUAUGAGUGUAAGACAGGCUAUACCAACGUCGGAUUCUCCAGAGACAGCUGUCAAGGGCCUGACUUUGCAAAUCCGAUCUGUUGUAGCACAAGAACCACCAACCGCUUCGGAGUAGACCAAGACGGGAAUAAGAAGAAAUGUAUGUGGCGCGGCACCGGCCCGAACUGCAACGGCGCUGGAGCCCCAGGCGAAGUCGUCUUGUUCAAGUCCGGCAACGGCGGAGGCCCAUCUGAGUUCGGUGAAGUAGACGACAAGCAGUGUUCUACAGGCUACAAGUACUUCACGUGCCCCCUGCCCGAGUGGGAGGGCCUCACGUCCACCUGUCGAUGGACUGACUGCCAAGGCCACUGCGACGCCGACGAGACGGAAGUCGCCCACGCCAACGACAUGUACGGCAGGUGCCCGCACCAGGGCGUCAGGCGAGGUCUGCGGUACUGCUGCAAGAACGCCAGGAAGCCGCUGUCCAACUGUCACUGGGUUGGCCAGGGGCACUGCGAUGAUAAUACGUGUAGUCCGGACGAGGUCACUGCUGCGAGGAACCUUGUUGGCGAUCAUCUCAGCUGCAAAUAUGGUCGUGAGAAGUCGCUCUGCUGUACCCCUGAGAUGGAGGCGCUGGAGCCGGUUGAGCCUCCUGCGAAUCCAACUCCGACUAAUGUGAACCAGUCGGACGAAACUUCAACAUCCAUUGCCAUCGUCAAGAUGUCUGACUACUUCUCCUUCAUCGACGUCGACAAGCUUGCCGCUGAUAUGAGCGGCGAUUUCCCUGGUAUCGACUUCGACUUCGACAAUUUCGACGUCACGAACUUCCCUGAUGCCGGCGACCAGAAUUACCAGAACCACGCUCCCGAUCAGAUGCCAGGCAACUUCACCUUGACUGAAGCGGGAGAUCUUCCUGCCGAGCUGGGCAACAUUUCUGGCGAACCGUCUGCCUUCUGGGACCCAUUCAGCCUCCAAGCGCCAUUGGCCGAGACAAGUCACACGACGGACAUGUUCAACGCGUCUUACAUGGACGGGCUUGAAUCCGUUGGCUGUGGUAUCGCCCACGUUGGCGCCAACGGACUAAGCCAUGCAGGGAACUCGGAUCCGUAA